GCAGUGCCUUCUUGUAUGGUGCCGUGGUGGCAUUGCCCUCGGUUGUAAAUGCGUGUCAUGUACCCCAUCCCUCAGAAUGCCUCUCCUGUGCAAUGGAUACUGAGCCAGGUGGCAGCCAAGUGUGGUGUCUCCAACAGACAGCAGCUCACCGACAGUCUCUUACACCUCAUUACCCUAGACUCUGACCCUUCACACCUCAUCUCAACUCCCCCAGACCUGACCUUCUCUUUAAUAUCUUCAAAAAUCCCUCUCCAGUACCACAUUAACUUCCAAGAAGGAUUAAGUGGAACUCCCUUUGCGGGAUUUGUGUCUUUAGUAAACCAAAGCAACAGUUUUAGUACAAAUAAUAGCCAAUUAUAUACUAUUAGUGCAAAUAAUCGUAUUAGUGGUCAGUGUUGUGGGAACUCUUGUGUAAGUGGUGUUGGUGGUGCUAGCAUUGUUGGUGGAAUUAAGUCGGUGAAGAAGCAGGGCAGUUUUAUAUUCCCAGUUCAUCUAUCAAAAGAUUCCUCUAACUUUGAAAAUUCUUUAGAAAAAGUCUUGUGUCUGGUUCCUAAUUGUUCAGAAACUGGACUAAGCGAAGCUUUCUGGUUUAGAGGAGCUUACGUCAGAAUGGUUUUACCUGCUCUUGGUCAAGAGACUGUGAAGAAUACUCAAGAAAGCAGCAGCAGCAACAACACCACCACCAACAACAACAGCAGCAACAAAAACAUCAAUAAUAAUAAUACCACCACCAAAAACAGGAAUAAGAAUAAAAAUAAUAAUAACAAAAACAAGGAACUUGUUGUCAAGAACAACAUUGAACUUGAUGACUUCAAUGAGCAUUAUGGUGCUAAGAAAUACACUGAACAUAAAGUUAUUGAAUGCUGCAGUGCCACACCAGUCAACCAGGAAGAGAAACGUGAAGAUGAUCGGUUCUCUGUACCCCAGUUACCUGCAUCCAGCAAAGCUGUUGAUCCAAAAGAGGUGGAGAAGCUCUUGCAGAAUGUCCUAUGUAAGGGCAAUCAACAGCAAAAGAAAAACCCUGGUGGUGGUGAAUCUACAAGUAGUGGAGGAAGUGACACGGGGUACUCAUCACGGUGUUCUACCCCUCCUGGGCCCUCCAGCCUUACUGACCCUAAACAAGGCACCAAACGUCACCUAGAUGUACCUGGUAGAAGGAGCACCAGCAGUAGUAACCGUGAGUCCCGAAGUGGAUCCCCCAGUUCCUGCAGUGUCACCUCUCAGGGAUCUUACCGCAAUCCCCGGCAAAAACGGAGAUACAAUAACAAUUCUGAUGGACACAACAUCCAUCAAAAUAAUUACACCCAUCAUCAUCCUCACCACCAGGUCCAUCACCAUCCCCAUCACCUAUUUAACGUAUCCUACAAUCAUCAUCAUCACAAUCAACAUGGGGGCUACAUGGGUAAUACUGGGAAUUUUGCACGGGGAAACAACUACUACUACAGCCACCACUGUCCAGAUGUGGCUCAGAGGGACUGUACUAACUAUCCCGGACAGAGAUACGAAAAAGGGUACAACAAUUACAGCUACUACAGGCAAUUUGACCAUCCUAGGAGGGACUUCAACCAACAAGGCUUCGAUGAUGGACGCUAUGGAAGAUACAACCAGGGGAGGGGAUAUAAUAAUAGAUACAACACAAACCAGUUCAAUAACCAGUAUGCACCACACGGCAGUGGCAAUAACCGGGACCAAAGUAGACGUCUGAAUGACCGAGCUGGAACUUUCAGUGAUGAGAAGGUUAAUGUGAAUGCUAAGUGGAAGUGUGAAGUAGUGGAAACUCCAAAGGAACUAUUGACCGGAUCGGAGUGGGACGGACUUUCACAACAAGUUUGGGAUACAUUCUCCCAAAGCCAACAGACAAAUGAAACUUUCUUCAAGAAGCUCAAGUUGAGAGAAAAGAUAUCCAGAGUCAUACGGAAUGUGCUGCCAAAUUGUCGGUUACAUGUGGUUGGCUCAUCUCUCAGUGGGUUUGGUGCAGACUACAGUGAUGUGGACAUGUGCCUGAUGGUGACCCCCGGUGACCUUGAUCAGCGCACUGAAGCAACUGCUGUGUUGCGUCUGCUCCAGAGAGAACUCAACAACUGUGGCUCUAUUCAGAAAAUGGAGCUCAUACGAGCAAAAGUGCCCAUCCUGAAGUUCAGAGAUGCUUACUCAAAGAUAGAUGUGGACCUCAACUGCAACAAUGCUGUUGGAAUCCGCAAUACACAUCUCCUGAACUCCUAUUCACAACUAGACUGGCGAGUACGUCCGCUGGUCCUAGUGGUGAAACUGUGGGCUCAGUAUCACAACAUUAAUAAUGCCAAGGACAUGACCAUCUCAUCAUACUCCUUGGUACUUAUGGUCAUACAUUAUCUGCAGCAUGGUAUGGAGCCACCGGUGUUGCCGUGCUUGCAGAAAACCUUCCCGGAAAAGUUUCGGGCAGCUACACCGAUAACCUCUAUACCUGUGACUGAAAAGAUGCCAACUUUUACUUCUAACAACCAUGAUAGUCUUGGCAAAUUAUUCCAUGGUUUCCUUGACUAUUUUGCUAAUAGAUUUACGUUUAUUGAGGAGACAAUCUCAGUGCGUACGGGAGGAAUUGCACCCACAGAUCAAUGCCGCAAUGUUCAAUCUCGGAAGAAUGAUUCACGAAUGUGGAAAUACCUCUGCAUUGAAGAGCCAUUUGAUCUGACAAACACUGCAAGAUCUGUUUAUGAUGAAGCUGUGUUUGAGCGAGUGAAGAAGGUCUUUGUGGAUUCAUACAAACAAUUGAAUGAGAAGAGGGACCUUUCAUAUAUUCUCUCGUGAGGCCGAUACAGCAGUUGGUGUGAAGAAAUAACAGGAAACAGUAUCAAGAAGAUGGCUUUAGCCUUGUGAUUUUGGUUAAAGCUGACAAUUAUAUACUGGCCUGUCACAAGCUCAGUUUGGGUCCACUGGUUGAUGUAUGUUCAUUGGAAUGUGUUUAGAACUUUCCUUAAACAAUUCUCUUAUAGGUUAUUAUAUGUUGCAGCAUACUAUAGUUUUGAAUAUGGGACCAUGCUUGAAAUGUCUGUAAAAUGCUGUUUCAAGGAACACAGUCUGAGUCCUUUAGUACUAGGACAAGUCAGACUACAAGUGAAUGUGGGAUAACACUGGCUUGUAAUGAGUAGAAGACUGUGCAGUAUACUCUCUUGACUUACAUACCAGGGAAGGGUCAAUUUAAUGUGAUCCAAUAUAUUGGAUUACACUACAUGUAAACCUUAGUAUUAGUGUUUGCAGUGGUGUUAUUGGCAAGAAAAUGUGCAAGCAUAUGUAUUUACCUCUAUAAGACUGAGGAAGAAAAUUUACAUAGAAAUAAAUUGACAUUGGUGACAUGGUAUUGAAAAGAUAUACAAGCAUAUGCAUUUACUUCAUUGAAUCUGAAAAAUGUUUAAAUACGUUUGAACAAACUGUGAUGACAAGACACUUUUCAUACUGUUUAUGCUUAGUGGAAUCAUAAGAUUGGGAGGAAGUAAACAAAUUAUGCUGUUGUGCAGAACAUUGGUGUUUUUUCUGAAGUGGUCCAUCUUCAACCAACAGCAUUCUCGCUAACCUGAGCUCAAUUCUGGCAAUAAACCUUAACCAACUUUUUUUUGUAUUGUUGGAUCCAUAUGUAUUUUUCACAUUACAUGCCACAUGAUUAUAUUUCAGAAAGUGCACAUAUUGUACGAACUCCUGUAAUGUAUUCUCCUUCCCAUUAUGAGGGAAUGGUUCUUCAGAAGGGAAAAGCUGGAAUGCUCCACUUGUGUUUUUGAUGGUUUCAAAUAUUCAAUGAAUCUAGUUGAAGACCUGUGAUGACUUACCCUCGGAUAUAUAUGAAAGAUAUAAACUAAGGUGUGAAAACUAUAAAAAGAAGAAAAAAAUCCUGAAGAGGUGUAGUAUCUUUUCUGUUACUUUUCCAUUUAAAUUAAUCAAUACAUCUGGAAAAGCAACAGUUGGUUACUAUGAACUUACUUGAAGGAACUGUAAUUUUGAAAUUAUUAUAAUAUUUAACAUAAGAAUGUUAACUUUCAGGAACUUGUUUAAUUUAGAAGCUAAAAUCCUCAAGAGAAACCUCCUUUAUUUCAACUUUUGUUGGGUUUAUUAGAUAUUUAAGUGUUGUUUAUAGCUAUCAUUUUGCAAACAAGAAUGUGUAUCCCUUCAUUUUUAUGUUGUUCUGUGAUUGUGAAUAAGGGAUAUAAAGUAACUCCUAUAAAAGUAAAUGAAAAACAUUAACUUUUUUGUUUGUGGUUACAACCUUGGUACAGUCUGAUGCUGUACUGUACAAGCUUUAAGGCUUAGGCAGGUUGUAAUAUACAAUGUUCUCUCACUGUAGUUGUAUAGCUUUAUUUUUCACCAAAUCAAUGCGGUUUUAUUUGAGGAAAACAACUUUAAAAAAAUAUUAUAUGAUGAUGUUGAUGACUAAGAUAGAUUUGAAUGUACAGCAUCACAUAAAUAGGUUCUUGAAAGUGUAUUCUGUGUUAGGUGAUUGAGUGCAGCUCUCCACCUACAAAGCUGUAAGUUUAUGAUAACUCGGUCAGUUGACUUGAGUUUCAGGGUUUCAGUUCUCAAUUCAUGUGGCUGUUCUUGUUUCUGUCAUCAUCACUCUCAGUCCUUUUCUUGAGAUUUUCUAUUAAAAUUGAUUGAAGGCUGAUUUUGAAUUUAUUUAGACUGUUGUUAGUACAGGGUGUAGUUACACAUUUAAAAUAUUCUUUGAUAAAAGGUAAACAGGUGAUUAAAUAAUCGUUAUAUAAAAAAAUUCUGACAUUAUUAUUAUUAUUAUUAUUAGUAGUAUUUUACUCUUCGCAUUUUUAAGUUAUCAUUAAAGGAGACUUGUUUUUUGUUGUCAAAUGUUAGCUGAAGUAUAAUUUUCCACAUCAGAACUUGAAGAAGGAUCAGAGUUUGGAAAACACUUGCAUAAAUAGUAUUUAUAUCUUCCAAAAAAUGUGGACUGAUGAUUUCACAUUUCAGAGAAAGUGUAAUGAGGCCAGUAAUGCUACUUGAAUUCUACCUCUUGUAUGGUUGAACGUGUGUGUGAAUGGGCUUGUAAAAGAUGAACCGAUUUAGAUUUGCCUUAUUUUACUCAAGGAAAUGGACAAAACUAAUGCCUCUGUACUUCAGUGAAUAUUAUUAUGUAUAUAUUUCUCUCAUAUUCAAUUCAUUAUUCACUGUAAUGCAGAAAUCCAGCAUUCUAAAGUAAUCAGUGCCCGUGGGUAUGAAUUUUUGCAUAAUGAGCAUUACUUCUUAGAACUUAGUAUUUCAUUCAUAAUGGAUACUGGAUUUUCAGUGGUCCAUGAUAAACAGCUAGAGUCUAGUUUAUAGUAAUGUUUUAGGUUGAUAGAUUUUGAUGGAAAGUAUUAUAUACUGUGUGAUAUUACCACAUGAAAAUGUCAUCAUGAAUGUCAAAUCAUUAACAAGUAUGUGAGGUCAGGAUUUUUUGCGGUGUGGAUAGAAUAUCUUGGUACUCUUUUUUUUUUUGUGCUUUGAAAUGUUUGGACGUUGGGAAAGUAAAAUACUUGUGGAGAAUUUUAUGUUCAGGUUUUAUGUUAGUUAAGUAAAGUGCAGUAUAUUUAUAUGAGAGAGACCACACCCAAAGUAUUAUAGAAAGCAGUUUUAAUAUAAUAUGUUAAGUAAAGAAGUGUUAAAUGUUAUGGUAGUAUUUUCUUUUGAGGGUUUUAUCCAAAGGGCUUCAAAGAUAAUCUGGUUUUGUGUUAAAUCACUCAAAGUAUUGACAAAUUCCUGUAUUGAGACAGACUUUAAUUGAAUUUGCAAAGAGUAAAACAUUUUUCAGUACCACUCUAGUUUUUGGUGAGGACUGCAUUGGGUUUCUUGUGAGAGGAAGUUUAUUCAAAUGUCUGAAUAUUGUUAUGAGUUUUGCCUUUCAUAGUGAAACUUUUUUGUAGGAACACGAAUAUUGAUACUUCUUCACAGAUAUCAUGUAUUUCAAUGAUUCUCAUUAGUUGUGAAGAAUGAAAAACAUCAGAUUUACUUUCAUAAAUGGUAAAGAAAUAGACAGUGCUACUGUAUUCUAUUUAUGGUGGUACUGAUGUUAAUUUCUCUGUGUGCAUCCCCAUCCAGGUUCAGACUUUUAACAGUGCAUUUACAUCAUUAAUAUGAGCCUUACCAGUAGUAAUUUCUCUUGAUUACUUUUAAGUUAUAAGCUUGUGCAUCGGUAUAAAGUAUUGAUCAAUAAACUUGUCAAGGACAUUGAGAUAUUCAUCAUGAAUAGGUGUGAGGAGUACAGCAGGUAUGAAAAACUAGGAUGUUUCAUAUCUAAGGCACAUUGAAUAGAUUUUGCAUGGGUCACCUUACUGCUUUCUGUAAAAUGAUGCAUAGGUGGCUCACUUGAUCAUAGGUAUACAAACUCAAGAAUACAGUACUGUAAUAGCAUUAUGAUUGAAAAUUAAACUUAUAUUGCAUUUUA